AUGAGCGACAACGCCAACGGUACGGGCGCAAGCCCCGAACACUACGCAAUUGGUAUCUCUUUUGGAAACUCCUACAGUUCAAUAGCACACAUCUCGGGAGAAGGGAAAGUCGAGGUCAUUGCCAACGAAGAAGGAGAUCGACAAAUUCCCUCCAUCUUGUCAUAUGUGGGCGGAGAGGAAUUCCACGGUACCCAGGCCAAAUCGCAGUUGGUCCGAAACAGCAAGAACACAAUCGCAUACUUUAGAGACUUUAUCGGAAAAGAUUACAAGGCCAUAGACCCUACGCCGUGCCAUGCCUCGGCGCAUCCCAUCGAAGCGGACGGCCAAAUCUCGUUCUCCGUGCAAGAGAAGGAAGACGGUGAACAGAGCACUCUAUCUGUAGCCGAGAUUUCGACGAGACAUCUGCGGCGACUACAGAACUCGGCGUCUGAUUUCACUGGCAAGAGUGUCAAUGCUGCCGUCGUAGCUGUCCCGUCAGACACGAGCGAGGAACAAAAGGCCGCCCUGACAAAAGCCGCCGCAGCCAUCAAUGUCGAAAUCCUACAGUUCAUCCCGGAGCCAGUUGCCGCCUUACUCGCGUACGACUCCCGAUCCUUCGAUUCUGCUGCCACCGACAAGAACGUCGUCGUUGCAGAUUUCGGCGGCAACCGAUCCGACGUUGCCGUCAUCGCCUCAAGAGGUGGGAUGUACAGUAUUCUGGCCACUGCCCACGACUACGAACUGGGCGGCUCGCAGCUUGAUCAAGUCCUCGUUGACCACUUUGCCAAGGAAUUCGAAAAGAAACAUAAGUCCGAUCCCCGCAAGAACGAGAGAAGCCUGGCCAAGCUGAAGCUCGAGUCAGAGGCGGUGAAGAAGACUCUGAGUCAAAGUACCAGUGCCACCUUCAGCGUCGAGAGCCUCGCGGACGGCGUCGACUUCCGAUCGACGGUAAACCGUAGCCGCUAUGAGAUCUUGGCUUUAAAAACCUUUGGUCGCUUCACCCGCCUGAUCGAGGAGGCCAUCAAGAAGGCCGACUUGGACGUGCUUGACAUUGACGAGGUUGUGCUAUCUGGAGGCACAUCCAACACCCCAAAGAUCGCAAAGAACAUCGAGGCCUUCUUCCCUGAAUCCACGCAGGUUCUGGCUCCCACAACAUCGACAACAGCCUUGAACCCAUCCGAACUUUCGGCGAGAGGCGCUGCGCUGCAAGCUUCUCUGAUCCAAGAAUUUGACAAGGAGGACAUCGACCAGUCAACCCACGAGAUGGUCACCGUCACACCACACCUCACAGCCGCAAUCGGGUACCAAGUCACUGGCCAGCCAGCGAGUUCGUUCUCGGUCAUCAUCCCUCCAGACACAGCGGUGCCUGCACGAAGGACGAAAGUUAUCGAGGGCCUGGAGGGUGACGUUCUGCUCCGUAUCUCCGAAGGAGACCGGGAAAUAAAAGUCACGCAGGCCGAAGCUCAACCGAAACCAGAGACGAACGGCGCCAAGGACGACGAUGAUGACGACGAUUCAGACGAUGAUGAUGAGGAUGACGAACCAGAGGAGAUCCGCGAGAAGGUCUGGACGCCCAAGAAGGCAUUGGCUGAAUUCGUGUUCAAGGGCCUGAAGAAGGGAUCAAAGAUUGAAGUCAUGGUCAACGUUGACGCUGAACUGGCCCUUUCCAUUACCGCCCGACCUGUCGGUGGCAAGGGCGGUGUCAGAGGUGAAGUCAAGGCUCCUCAAGUGACUUCGAACGGCAGUGCAUAA